AUUAACCUCCGCGCGAAGCUGCAAGGAACAAGCUUAAAAGCCCCAUAUAUUCCUCGUGCUUCUUUAACCCAAUUAUUCAAACCUCCAACCAAAAGAUAUCUCUCUCUUUCUCUCUCUCCCCUUCUUUCUUUCUUUAUUUAUUGUAACGCAUAUGUAUGUGCAAAUGCAGGCUUAACUUGAAGCUAUUGGAUUUCGAUAAUUGUUCUUUGGAUUUGUUUGUUUGUCUGUUUUUUAUUUGAGAUUUUGUCUCAUCUUUUUUUUUUUUUUUAAUUCACCGGAGGAUUAUGGCUAGCUCGCCGGAAUUCGUUGAAUUUGCCGGACAAAAGGCGAGUAGGUCACCGGAGAAGUCGAACUUCUCUCAGACUUGUAGUUUGUUGAGUCAGUACUUGAAGGAGAGAGGUAGUUUUGGAGAUCUCAGUCUUGGUAUGACAUGCAAUGGGGAGGGAAGUGGAAACGGUAGCACGCCUGAGACGUUGCAUCAAACAGCAGCAGCAACAACAAUGAAUUUAUUUCCAAUGAAUGAUAAACAAGAUGACAUUUCAAGCAGAAAAAUGGCUGCUUCUCGAACUAAUUUUAGAUCCAUGGACUUGUUCCCUCAACAAGCUGGUUUUGCUCCGAAGGAGGAGACACAAAAGAAGGUUGAUUCAAGGGCUGCAACUCCAGAGCCUCAAACUGCACAAAUGACUAUUUUCUAUGCUGGAAAAGUAAUUGUGUUCAAUGAUUUUCCAGCUGAUAAGGCUAAGGAAAUUAUGCAGUUGGCUAGCAAAGGUAGUUCCCAGAACUUCACUCGGUUUCCUUCUGCUCCAGUCAAGAGUGUUUCUCCUGUUUUUGCUCCUAAUGCAGCAGCUAGACCAACAAUUGAAUCUAGCAGUUCACGCCCUUCUAGUCCAGGCCCCAAUUCUGUUCCUAAUUUCUCCAAUAAUCUGAUUCAAGACCAUAUCCAACCUUCACCUCAAACUAUUACCAGUGAUCUGCCAAUUGCAAGGAGAGCUUCCCUUCAGCGAUUUUUGGAGAAGAGAAAAGAUAGGGUCAUUGCAAGAGCUCCAUACCCAAUGAGCAGCCACUCCUCAGCUGCUGCUGCUCCUUCCAAGGAAGCGGAAAGCAAGUCGUGGCUCGGCCUGGCACAGUAGCUCUAUUCUUACUAAUUAUAUUCAUUUUUAGAUUUUAUAUAAUUUAGGCCUGUUAUCUCAUUUUGUUUUAGGCCUCUUAUAUUAUCAUCCUACUUCCUGGAUUUUUGGCGGGUUGAAUCCUGCUUCCUUCUUGAGCUCUUCAUUUGGUUGUUUUAAGCCAAAGAAGGCUUUUAUGUCGCCUACCUUAGAUCUAACUGUUUAUCAAUCUCUUACUAUUAGUUCAUCAUGUAAUUAACUCUUUUGAGAAAAUAGUUUAGCUUGUGAUUAUUUUAAUUUGAUUAAUUAUUAAGUUCCUA